CAAAAUCCAUGGGAUGGAAAACCAGAAACCGCCGAAAAAACCCCUAUUAAAUCUCUAUCCGGAUAGCCAUCCCCAGCAAGGAAUUCUCCAGAUUUCCGGUUCUCUACUUCUAAAUUUCCGAAUUUUCUGGUUUUCGAUUUGAACGGGUCAGAUGGAUUCUAAGGAGGAGCGCAGGAUUCUAGUGGCAGUGGACGGAGGAGAUGAGAGCCUGUACGCGCUCUCCUGGUGUCUCAAAAACGUCGUUUCCGAUAAUUACAGUGAUACCCUCAUCCUUCUCUACGCCAAAGCGCCUCGUGCCGUCUACCCAGCUUUGGAUGGAACAGGGUAUUUAUUUUCUUCUGAUGUAAUCGCGACGGCGGAGAGAUACAGCAAUGAUUUGGCGGAAUCGAUUGUAGAGAAGUGUCGGAGGGUGUUCAAGGAUUCACAAAAUGUUAAGGUGGAGGUGAAGGUGGAGAAUGGGGAUCCAAGAGAUGUUAUAUGUGAAAUGUCUGAAAAGUUAAAACCAGAUGUUUUGGUUGUGGGAAGCCAUGGCUAUGGUUUUGUCAAGAGGGCUCUUCUUGGGAGUGUGAGUAAUCACUGUGCACAAAAUGCAAAAUGCCCAGUUCUGAUAGUGAAGAAGCCCAAGCAUUGAGUGGAAGAUGAUCUUAUAAUAUUUGGAUGUGGGUGUUGUGCUUUUGUAUGCAUGUAAUUUUGUACUUUGUUGAGACAUUGCAUGUAAAUAAUAUGACUCUGCUUUCCUACUCUUUUACUUUGAAUAAUAUUCAAUUAAACUGA